CACCAACCUGGAUAUCCCGCUCAUUAUCACGUCUACGUAAUAUACAGAAAGGAGCGGGUUAUUUUUAUAUGUGUUGCAAUUAUUCUCCAUGAAUUGUGUACCGGCUAUAUAACCCGGGCAUAUAUGUCCGUUAUAAAACUGCACCUAGAUUGCGUUGCCGGUAGCGAUUUGUAGAGGAAUUUUAAAUCUGCUCAGCGGCAUCGAAUUUCGGCAUUUACCCGGUUUUCAUUAUCUCCCGUUUUGGUCAGUGAUUAACGUUGCGAGGAUAUUACAGAUACUUGUAUAACCUAUAUAUAAUUUGAGAAAUGGAUUCUGCCAGUGUUGUAUCCUUAAUGCGUUGUUGGGUGGGAUUGUUGGCAUUGGUGUGCGUUACCACGGUGGUCAGUGGGCAGACGUUUACGGGUGACCUUUUGAAUAAUGACGGCUAUCGGCUGCGCUGGGGACCGGGAGUACCGACCAUGUGGCCGAUGCGGCUGCGUGCACAGGGUCAACCGCUGAUUACCGUGCCGGAGCCGGUAAUUGUGGAGAACGGGCCAGCGGAAAAUGCAGCGCCAAGAGAAACGAUACCAACCGAAUUGGCAGAAUCCGUUGUUGCCGAUACUGUCCCGGACAGUGCACCGGCAGUGGAUGCUAAUCUGAUGCAGACAAUGGGCCGGAAACGCUCGGCGGCGGUGAUGUGCUAUAUCAAUCCCAUUUCCUGUUUCGGCCGCUAUCCCAUGAGGAGGAACUUUGCCUACUGAUGCCGCCUUAAUUGGGCUGUUAAUGGGAAUUUCCAGUUUUUUCUUCUAGACCAUUGCGAGUGUUGUAUAAACAUCAUCAUCUAUAAUUAUUAUCGCAUUUUUAUUUUUUAAUUCUACUGUUUUAUCAUUGUUUCUUGGAUUUUGCGCUAGCUUAUUUACUCUAGUUUUUAAGCACUUA